GCGCCUGUCGCCAGGAUCCCCAGCAGCUAGGAGAUGCUGUAGUGGCGUAUUUUGUUGUUUGCUGACAUACGCCAUUGAGACAAACAACAACAACAACAACAAAAAUAAAAUGUCUACCAAAGCGGAGCAGUUUGCAUCUAAGGUCCGUUAUUUACAAGAGUACCACAAUCGUGUUCUUCAUAACAUUUAUCCUGUACCAUCUGGAACUGAUAUAGCAAAUACAUUGAAGUACUUUUCACAGACAUUGUUAAGCAUUUUGUCCCGCAUAGGGAGGAAGGACAACCAGGAUGGCUCCAAUUUGACAGUGCCCAUGACUAUGUGUCUUUUUCCUGUGCCAUUCCCACUCACCCCAUCCCUAAGACCACAAGUCAGUUCCAUCAACCCUACUGUUACUCGCUCCCUCCUUUACAGCGUCCUCCGUGAUGCUCCCUCUGAGCGUAGUCAGCAAAGUCGUGAUGCACAACUUUCAGAAUACCCUUCUUUGGACUAUCAAGGCCUUUAUGUGACAUUGGUGACCCUGCUUGACCUGGUUCCUUUGCUACAACACGGCCAACACGACUUGGGACAAUCCAUAUUUUAUACAACAACAUGCUUGCUACCAUUCCUCAGUGACGACAUUUUGAGUACUCUACCUUAUACCAUGAUUUCCACUUUAGCAACAUUUCCUCCAUUUCUUCACAAGGAUAUCAUUGAAUAUCUGAGCACAUCUUUCCUCCCAAUGGCAAUAUUGGGAUCAUCUAAGCGAGAAGGUGUUCCACCUUAUGUGAAUUAUUCUGCAUCUUCAAUGCUGAUGAUUGCUAUGCAGUAUACCACAAAUCCAGUGUACCAUUGCCAGCUUUUGGAAAGCCUUAUGAAGUACAAGCAAGAAGUCUGGAAAGAUUUGUUGUAUGUGAUUGCAUAUGGCCCCUCUCAAGUUAAGCCUCCAGCUGUUCAAAUGCUUUUCCACUACUGGCCUAAUUUAAAACCACCGGGUGCUAUCUGUGAAUACAGAGGGCUUCAGUACACAGCAUGGAAUCCAAUUCACUGUCAGCAUAUUGAAUGCCAGAAUGCAAUCAACAAACCUGCUGUGAAGAUGUGCAUAGAUCCAUCCAUUUCUGUGGCAUUAGGUGAAAAACCACCUCCGUUAUAUCUGUGUGAAGAAUGCAGUCAAAAGAUUGCAGGAAUCCAGUCUGAAUGGUUAAUUGAUGUUCUGCUGCCACAAGCUGAGAUUUCUGCUAUUUGUCAGAAGAAGAAUUGUAGCUCGCAUGUUAGGAGAGCCAUUGUUACCUGCUUCUCAGCAGGAUGCUGUGGUCGUCAUGGAAACAGGCCAGUGCGCUAUUGCAAAAGGUGUCAUUACAAUCACCACAGCAGUGAGAUUGGUGCUGCUGCAGAGACUCACCUUUACCAGACUUCACCCCCUCCGAUGAACACCAGAGAGUGUGGUGCAGAGGAGCUGGUCUGUACUGUGGAAUCUGUGGUCAGUUUGCUAAAGGAAGCUGAAUAUCAUGCAGAGCAGCGGGAGUUUGAAUUAAAUCGAAGAAGACAAAUGGGCCUGUCCUUAUCCCAACCUUCUUUAGACAAUAUGGAGUAUGAUAACAAGGAUGAUGAUAAAAAUGAUCAGCGGCUAUUAAGCCAGUUUGGAAUAUGGGUUCUGGUCAGCCUUUGCACUCCAAGUGAAAACACACCUACAGAAAGUCUAGCCAGAUUGGUCAGCAUGAUGUUUCAGUGGUUCCAUUCCACUGCAUACAUGCUUGAUGAUGAAGUGGGAAGCCUGGUGGAAAAGCUGAAGCCUCAAUUUGUCACCAAAUGGUUGAAGACUGUUUGUGAUGUUCGAUUUGAUGUCAUGGUCAUGUGUCUUCUUCCCAAACCCAUGGAGUUUGCAAGAGUUGGUGGGUACUGGGACAAGCGCUGUAGUACUGUGACACAGCUAAAGGAAGGCUUGAAUCGAAUCCUGUGCCUUAUUCCAUAUAAUGUUAUAAAUCAAGCUGUGUGGGAAUGCAUUAUGCCAGAAUGGUUGGAAUCUAUCCGAACUGAGGUGCCAGACAACCAGUUAAAAGAGUUUAAAGAGGUUUUAAGCAAAAUGUUUGAUAUUGAACUUUGCCCAUUGCCCUUUUCCUUGGAAGAGAUGUUUGGUUUUAUUAGCUGUAGAUUUACUGGCUACCCUGCUUCAGUACAGGAACAAGCUUUACUUUGGCUUCAUGUUUUAUCAGAACUAGAUAUAAUCGUCCCUCUCCAGCUAUUGAUCAGUAUGUUUUCUGAUGGAGUGAACUCAGUCAAGGAAUUGGCGAACCAAAGAAAAGCAAGAGCCAAUGACCAGCCAGGAAAUCUAACUGCUCGACGGGUUAGUGUUGUAUCAGAUCCUGGACGCAGAGGCCAACAUGUUACUCUUAGUCCAUUUCCUAGCCCCUUUCGUAGCCCAUUCUGCAGUCCAUUGCGCAGUCCAUUCCGUGGUUGUUUUAAGAAUUUUGGAUCUGCAGGAGGAAGAGCCAUUGACUUUGAUUCUGAUGAUGAUGAGAUGAACCUGUCUUGCUUUAUACUGAUGUUUGAUUUGAUAUUGAAACAGAUGGAAUUGCAAGAUGAUGGUAUAGUUCUGGGUCUCGACCAUGGAUUAUCCAGGGACAUAAUUUCCAUCAUAAACAAUGUAUUCCAAGCCCCAUGGGGAGGAUCGCAUACCUGCCAGAAAGAUGAAAGUGCAGUUGAAUGCAACCUGUGUCAAUCCAGUAUUUUGUGCUACCAACUAGCAUGUGAGCUGCUGGAGCGAUUGGCACCUAAAGAGGAAAUCAAACUGGUGGAACCCACUGACAGCUUUGAAGACAGUAUGCUGUUUUCUAGGCCUGAAUUCACUAUAGGUUUUGAAGGAGAAGAAGAUGAUAAUUCAAGAGACGAUAAUUCAAAAGAGAAUGAAAAUCAAUUGAUCAAUAACGGAUGUGAAGAAAACCCUGAAAUGAAAAAUAAUGCAGAGAGAAGCUUUGAUUAUGAACAACUUCCUGCUACGUUGAAGUUAAUACAUACAAUAUUGCAGGAAACCCCAAAUUGUGAGGAGCCAGACAUUCUUUUCAACAUGCUCAACUGUUUAAAAAUACUGUGUCUCCAUGGAGAGUGUUUGUAUCUUGCCAGAAAAGAUUAUCCAAACUUUCUUGCUUAUAUUCAAGAGAAAAUGUUGAUUUCCAGCCUAUGGAAAGUACUUAAGUCUGAAUUCUCACAGCUUGCCUCUGUGGCAAUACCCAUGUUCCUGCACGCUCUUUCUCUUUCUUGUGGUGCUGAUAUAUUCUGGGGCAUCAUUGAUAGCAAUUUUAACAGCAAAGACUGGAAAAUGCGUUUUGAAGCUGUGGAGAAAGUAGUAGUUCUGUGCAGAUUUCUGGAUAUCCAAUCUGUGACAAAGAAUCAUGUCCUGAAGUACUCUCUAGCCCAUGCCUUCUGCUGUUUCCUUGCUGCAGUUGAAGAUGUUAAUCCAGCAGUGGCUACGAGAGCCAGACUUUUGCUUGAUUCCAUCAAAAGACCAGCUUUACAAGGUCUCUGUCUUUGCCUCGAUUUUCAGUUUGACACUGUGGUGAAGGAUAGGCCAACAAUCCUCAGCAAAUUAUUUCUUCUUCAUUUCUUAAAGCAAGACAUUCCAGCUUUAAGCUGGGAGUUUUUUGUCAAUAGGUUUGAUACCUUGUCUCUGGAGGCGCAACUUCAUUUGGAUUGCAACAAGGAAUUUCCAUUUCCUACAACUAUAACUGCUGUAAGGACAAAUGUCGCUAAUCUAAGUGAUGCUGCCAUGUGGAAGAUCAAACGUGCUCGCUUUGCACGAAACCGACAGAGAAGUGUGCGAUCCCUUAGGGACAGUGUGAAAGGCCCAGCAGAGUCAAAGAGGGCGCUUUCUCUUCCAGAAACUCUAAGCACCAAACUGCCUUUGCGACUGACUAGACAUGAGCAGUCAGCUCCAACUCUUGGUGCAAUGAUGGAGCAUGCUAUGCAUGGUCAGCAUUCUUCAGAGGAUGAUGCAAUUAUUAAGGAUCCUUUACCAGAGGAUGCCGGCAUUGAUCAUCAAACAGUCCAUCAGCUAGUCACAGUUCUAAUGAAAUUCAUGGCAAAGGAUAAGAGCAGUGCUGAAGCUGAUAUCAGCAGCGCCAAAGCAUUCAACACAGUGAAGCGGCAUCUAUAUGUGUUACUUGGUUAUGACCAGCAGGAGGGGUGUUUCAUGAUUGCCCCUCAAAAAAUGAGAACGUCCACUUGCUUCAAUGCUUUUAUUGCUGGAAUAGCACAGGUUAUGGAUUACAACAUUAGUCUGGGCAACCAGCUCCUUCCUUUGGUGGUGCAAGUGCUUAAGUAUUGUACCUGUCCGCAGCUACGCCAUUACUUUCAACAACCCCCACGCUGUUCCCUUUGGACUCUGAAACCUCAUAUACGACAGAUGUGGCUGAAGGCUUUGCUAGUGAUUCUGUACAAGUAUCCCUAUAGGGACUCUGAUAUCAGCAAAAUUGUAUUGCAUCUGAUCUAUAUCACAAUCAAUACGCUUAAUGCACAAUACCAUAGCUGUAAGCCCCAUCCCACUGCUGGACCCCUAUACAGUGAUAAUAGUAACAUUAGUAAAUACAGUGAGAAAGAAAAAGAAGAAGAUAGUGUGUUUGAUGAAUCAGAUGUACAUGACACACCAGUUGGAGCUUGCAACAAGGAACCACAGACAUUCUUUGCAAGACUGAAGAGGAUAGGGGGGAGUAAAUCAGUAAAAUAUCAACCAGUAGAGAUGAAUGCACAGAAGAGCUCAGAGAUAGAGCUGUCAGAAUACAGAGAUUCCAGCCUUUUGCCAGACAAUAUAAUGCGGUGUGGUACAUCUCCGCAAUUGCAAGAGGGUGUUGCUCAGAAGAAGAAAUUAUAUGCAAUUAAGCAGCAAUCACUUGAUAUAGGAAAUGCAGAUUCUGUCCUAUAUUCUUUAGAUGAACAUCGCAGAAAGUCAUGUCUGGAUAGGUAUGAAUCAUUACGACAAGCAAGCUUUCCUUCCUGCUAUCCUCACUUUGAAAGCAUGCAUGGAAGACCAGAGCAAGACUUGUCUGUCAAUGCAGAAAUUGGAGAACAUCAGGAAAAGUCUUCAGCUGCAGUAAACUCUCAAGAAGGGAAACGACCAUUAAUACCAGAAGUUAGACUUAGCUGCACAGAAACACUUGAGGCAAAACUUGAAUCUCCUGAGAAACAUCUUUCCUUCCAUAAAGAAGAAAGUGAUUUGAUUGACUUAUCUUCUGACUCAUCAUCUGCCCCGGAGAAGCAAUCAAUUCUAUCAAGUUCAGAUAGCGAUUCGUUGGUCUUUGUGCCUCUUCCCCCUCUCAGAAUUGUAGAGAGCGAUGAGGAAUAUGAAAUGCAGAAUACCCCUAAUAACAAACCAAGUGGAAAAACUAAUGUGGUCUCUCACAAUACUGUACCACAUAGCUUAAAUGUCACUCCAGUUGUAAAAGUUAAUGUUGAAGAUUGCUCCAAAGAGUCAAAAUGUCUGGAUUUUGGUAUGACUUCUUUGCUAGAUACUGAGAACAUUUUGUCAGUAGGUCUUGUAGAUGAAAAAGACUUCGGAAAUCUAACGCCUCAAAAAAAUUCGAAGUGUUCUGGUUGUGAAAGUCCACUAACUCUUAAACAGAAACGAGAAAACCUCAGGAAAUCAUCUGCUGUGCUUGAAAUAUCACAAGAUGGUACUGAUGAUUUGCAUAGAGAUGGGAUUAAAUCUGAAAGCCCAUUACCAAGUCCCAUUGUUAAAACAGUAUUUCUCAAGCUGCCCACAGAAAUUGAAGACGGUGAAAAACCAAACACAGAGCCGUCUACUGAUAAAGAUACUGAUCAAAAAGAUGAUAGUGGGGAAGAAACAGAAUUCAAAAUCCAGAUUGUUCCACGUCAGAAGAAACAAAGGAAAAUAGCUGUUAGUGCUAUUCAGAGGGAAUACCUUGACAUUUCCUUCAACAUUCUAGACAGAAUUGGAGAUCAAAGAGAUACUGAUCAGUCUGUUAAAGAUCUUUCAGCUCUGGAUAUGCCAAGAGAAUCUGCCUCUGCUCCAGCACUAGAAGCAGCUGUGCCAGAGACCAGUUGCCACUCUUCCAUAUCAAUUCAAUAUAGGCAAAUGAAAAGGGGAUCCCUGGGGGCCCUGACACUGAACCAAUUAAUGAAGAGACAACUGGAACAUCAGUCCAGUGCACCUCACAACAUCAGUAGCUGGGACACUGGUGCAACAAAAUCUAGUUUGCUUUCAGCGCAGAGCAUAGUCAGCAUGUUUGUUCCUGCACCAGAAGAAUUUACAGAUGAUCAGCCAACGCUAAUGUCUGACAGAUGUCUCGACUGUGGGGCUGUUCUUGAAGAGUAUGAUGAAGAAACGUUGGGGUUGGCUAUUGUUGUACUUUCAACAUUCACUCACUUGAGCCCAGACUUUGCUGCUCCUUUGCUGCUUGAUAUUCUGCAGUCAGUUGGAAGACUGGCGUCAAGCACUCUUUUUUCUGGUCAAGCAGAAAGCAUGAUGAUUCCUGGAAAUGCUGCUGGUGUGGCAAAGCAAUUUUUACGCUGCAUUUUUCAUCAGCUUGCUCCCAAUGGUAUACUUCCACAGCUAUUCCAAAGCAACAUUAAAGAUGGAAGCUUCCUUCGAACUUUGGCCUUGUCUCUGAUGGACUUCAAUGAGCUGAGUUCAGUGGCAGCAUUGAAUCAACUACUAGAGGGUUUAAACAACAAGAAGAACCUGCCAGCAGGAGGAGCUAUGCUUCGCUGUUUAGAUAACAUAGCCACUUACAUGGAAGCUCUGCCUAUGGAUUUACCCAGCAAUCUAUGGACUACAAUAUGCAAUCAAUUUCAAACAUUUUUGACCAAACUUCCAUGCAUACUACCAUUGAAGUGCUGUUUGGAUUCUAGUUUAGCAAUCAUGAUAUGUCUUCUCAAGAUACCUACCACAAGUGCAACACGGAGCCUUUUGGAGCCAUUUUCCAAAUUACUGAGUUUUGUAAUUCAGAAUGGAGUCUUUAGCCUUGGGUAUCUUGUUGAAUUGUGUGGUUUGUGUCAUCGAGCAUUCAAUAAGGAGCGGGAUAAAUUCUACCUGUCACGAAGUGUUGUAUUGGAAUUGUUACAAGCACUGAAGCUAAAGUCUCCAAUACCAGACACCAAUUUAUUGUUGCUGGUGCAGUUUGUUUGUGCAGAUGCUGGAACAAAAAUAGCAGAAUCAACAAUUCUACAGAAACACAUGAUUGCAUCUGUUUCUGGAUACACAACGGCAGCAAUGGAGUGCAUGCGACAGUAUGUAAGUGAACUGCUAGACUUUAUAGCUGAUAUGCAUACACUGACCAAAUUGAAGGAUCACAUGAAGACUUGUUCUCAGCCUUUGCAUGAAGAUACUUUUGGCGGGCACCUUAAAGUAGGAUUGGCACAGAUAGCAGCAAUGGAAAUUGCCAGGGGAAACCAUCGUGAUAAUAAAGCAGUCCUUCGCUACUUGCCUUGGCUGUAUCAUCCUCCCUCUGCCAUGCAACAAGGUCCAAAAGAAUUUAUUGAGUGCGUUUCCCAUGUUCGUCUUUUGUCAUGGCUGCUACUGGGGUCUCUUACACAUAGUGUUGUGUGUUCAGGAUCCACUUCAUGCAUGCCUAUUCCUUUGGAUGCUGGUUCACAUAUUGCAGAUCAUCUUAUAGUUAUCUUGAUUGGAUUUCCUGAACAAUCCAAGACGUCUGUAUUGCACAUGUGCUCCCUAUUCCAUGCAUUCAUAUUUGCACAGCUUUGGACAGUAUACUGUGAACAAGCAGCUUCUGCCCCAACCCUACAGAGCCUGAAUGAGUUUGUCUGCACAGCCACUUUGACUGCCCUUGAAUUCUGGAGUCGGGUGACACCUAGCAUUUUACAGCUGAUGGUUCACAACAAAAUGAUGGUAGAAAUGGUUUGCCUGCAUGUUAUCAGCCUGAUGGAGGCUCUGCAGGAAUGCAACUCAACCAUCUUUGUGAAGUUGAUACCAAUGUGGUUACCAAUGAUUCAGUCAAAUUUAAAGCAUCUAUCAGCAGGUCUGCAAUUGCGCCUUCAAUCAAUCCAGAAUAAUGUCAACCGUCAUGUCUUGCAGUCUUUCCAGGGAUCUGGGCAGAUGAGCACAAAUUCGUCAGUACUCCGUAAAUGGCUGCAAUGUACUCAGUUCAAAAUGGCUCAGGUGGAAAUACAGUCAUCAGAAGCUGCAUCUCAAUUUUAUCCUCUUUAAAUAUUUUUUUAUGUACCCUGACUUGGAGCAGUAGCAUCUCUUGUCAGUCCUCUUAGGCUGAUAAAAUAUUAGAUGCAUGUUGGCAACUAAGCAGCCUCUGUGUGUGUGUAUAUAUAAAACCAUUCUUUCUUUACAAAUAUUGUAAAAAGAUUAAUUAAGUGUUGCACAUAAAUUCUGUAAUGAACUUGGUUUUCUUAGAGGAAGUAUCUUGUAAUUUAGAACAAUAGAGUGAUCAAUCUUGUACAUCAAUUGUACUGGACACUGAGUAUUUGAGAUGUUAUACACUAUCUACAUAUCAGUUUAUAAAAGUCUUUUUAAAUUGACUAUUUUAAUGCCUUUGUCUUCUAUGAGUUCUUUAAUAUUAGCACCUUUGAGUGAUCUUAUAUCUUCCUACAAUCAUUUUGUUGUUGAAAAUAUAAUUACUAAUUAGAUUAUUUUUUUUGUUUGUUCAAAGUAUAUUUGUUUUUUACCUAUAUCUAACAACACUCCUGCAACAUUGGCCAACAAAUGUAAUGUCAGUUCUGAUAUCGUGUUUUUCUGUACAUUCUGUAUUUGGAAUAUAUGCAGCUGUACUGGGAAAUGUGCUGCUUCUUUGGUCUUGACAUUUACUGAAACUGUACCUUUCUCUGUACGUAAAAAAUCUACUUAGUGUCCCAAUUCUUUCUCUGGGACUGUGCUCACUCCUAAAAGCAUCAAGUAUGUGAAAAAAUAAUUUUGAGGACAUACUUUGCAAUAAUAUUGAAAUGGUAUUGAUUAACCUGUUCAACUGCUGGUUUUCCAAUAGGCUAUAGGUGUAAAUAAUGUCUUUAGAUCAGUGUAAACAUGAUUGAAAAUAGGGUAGAAACUGGUCAUUUUAGUAUCCAGUAGAUUGUAUAUACUUUCCUGUAAAAUAUUGCUCCGAUGAUGAAGUUAGAUGCAUAUUUUGUGGAACAAAGAAUAUGUAAUUAUAUAGUGGAAGAUAAAACAUAUUUUCUAAGUUAACAAAAAUGGUCUGGUGUAAAUUACAAUUAUUUUUCUUUGAUAUUUUCCAUUUAUUUCUGUUCUUUUACUAGUAAUCACUUUUACUAUUCACCUUUGUUUGUUUCAUUGUGAAAAAGGUAGACUGAUGUUGAAUAUCUACAAUUCAAUAAUUAAGCUUCAAGAACAAUGCUUAUAAAACAAAAGAGUUCAAGUGUCAGUUUUUCCACUUUCUUUGGAAUGAACAAAUUUUACUAGUGCAGGAAGAAAAUAUUAGAACAAGGCACUUGGAUUUAUUAAUGAGCAUUAUAAGGGCUACAGCACUGUAGACUUCCAAACAAAAUAGUAAUAGUGGUUGGAACUGAGUAUACAGUACAUACAAAACAUGCAUAACUAUUGGUUCUUAAAAUUAUUGAUGACGUUUCCAAUUUUGGUCAAAAAUGCUGUAUUAGUAGAUCUUUAAAAACCAACUAAACAUCAAAUUCAUACAAAAAGUGUUAAUUAAUUAAACCUUUUUUUGUGUAAAAGGGGCAACACGGUGGCUCAGUGGUCAGCACUGCUGCCUCAUAGCAACAGGGACCUGGGUUUGAUUGCAGCUUCAGGUGACCAUCUAUGUUGAGUUUGUACUUUCUCCCCAUGUCUGCGUGGGUUUCCUCUGAUUUCCGCCCAUAGUCCAAAGAUGUGUAGGUUAGGUGGUUGGUCAUGCUAACUUGUCUUGUGACCAGGGAUGUGCAGGCUAAGUGGAUUAGCCAUGGGAAAUGCAGGGUUACAGGGAUAGAAUGGGGAUUUGGGUCUGGAUGGAAUGCUCUUUGGAGGGUCAGUGUGGACUUGAUGGGCCAAAUGGCCUGCUUCCACACUGUAGAGAUUCUAUGAAUCUACCAAAUCAAGAAUUCAAUUUAAAUGUUGUUAUAUCAUCUUGAUACCCACAUGUUUAAAGUGCAGAGCUUUAAGUUCACACCUGAUGGCCCUGUGAGUAAAUUAUACAGCAGUGAGUGUAAUUACUAGAAAUAUUCCAGCUUCAAACACUGCGAUGAAUUAGUCAACUUUAGUUGGGUGACCUUUGGCUUCAGUGCUGUGGGAAAGGGACAGGCUGCAGGCUAUUUUAGAUACAAAGGAGACAUUACUAUUGCAAGACUUUUUAAAACAAGAUUUAGAUUGUUGGAACUAGUGAAAACAGAGGGAUAAUUGAUUUUGUUAUCUUUGCACCUACUUGCUUUUAAAAACGUUUUCCGGUCAAGCUUUACUGUGAAUGUGUUUAUUACUAAUAUUAUUAUUCUAGUUGCAUAGUUUACACAUUGAUGCAACAUCCCUUGACCUGUCACUUUUAUUUAUUGACAACAGCAUGUUUAUGUUUGAUUGCCAUGUUUUUUUCUAUGUAUCUCACAAAGAACAUUAGAGAAAUUGUCCAAACUGUUUGGGAAUAGAUUGGAAUGCUAAUCAGCAGUACUCAUAAGAUCAAUCUUCAAAAACCUAUGUUUAGUUCACUGUGGUACUUCAAGUAUAAUUAUAUUUUAUUUUCUUCCAUAAGCUAUUUAUUUUGCAGUUCUCAAAACAGUACAAUUUAUCCUUAUUAAAAUUCAUGCAAACACAGGAGAAGCAGUAUCUAGAUUUUUGUAUUCAGCCAUACAUACUGAUGUACACAUUUUAUUAUGUCAAUUCAUUAUCAGAGGCAUAAUCUUACAGUAUCCUCCAAAGUAGUUAAAAAAUAGAAUUUUGGAGACCAAAGUACUGCAAAAGAAAGAAUGACGCUGAUUUAUUCAUUGCACAGUAGUUCACCUUGAAUGCUUCUCUGAGAAUAUUUCCAUCAAAAUGUUCAGCACUAUAUUUGAAGGUCACAAUAACAGAAACUCAUGAUGUAGAAAAGAUUGCCAACUAUUGUUAGAAAGUUAUUUUCUAUAUAUUAAAGCACUUGGAAUUUAAUUUUGCCAGAUAUUGUGUUGUUUUAGUUGAUUUUGCUUGUAAAAUAAUUUCUCUUUUAAAUAAAAGACAAUAAGUUUUA